AUGCAUCUUAUGUACUCGCUUGACGCCGAGGGCAAGAGGGUCUACACCCUGAAGAAGGUCGAUGCGCAGAGCCGCGUCACGAAAUCGGCUCACCCUGCCCGAUUCUCUCCCGAUGACAAGUACUCUCGUCACCGUGUCACUCUUAAGAAGCGGUAUGGUCUGCUUUUGACCCAGCAGCCCGACAAGGAGGUUGCUGCGUUGUAAUUUGCCGAAUGAUGGGAUAAUUGAUAGCCGACGGGCAAAAGGUGUUUUGACGUUUCGAAUCAUUUCAAUGGCGAAUGGUGUUAUGUGUGAACUAAGCGAACCGAGUCUUUCGGAGACCUUUCGAUUUCUGAUAUACUGGUUGGGAAAAGCCCAAUGGCCAUAUUUUAGAGAAAUUUCGCUUUUGGAUCUAUAUCCUUAUAUAUGCCUGUGUGCUCUAUGAAUCCGUCG